UUGGCUACCAUUUGGUUUUGCCAAUUUUAUACAGAAUCUAUUUGGAUCUAGUAUAACAGUAUAUAAUCAGACAAGAUUUGAGAGAAUGAAAUAUUAAAAUUUGGAUUGAAUUGUUACAUGUACACUAAAAGGAAAACUCGGUAUACUUCAGCUUCAUUGUUACGCUUUUGCUCUGUUCGUACAGGAAGCAUCCAUACAGUUCAAUUUCAUCAGCAAAGGUACAAUGCAUGGAAUUUUAAGAGUAAAGUUAAAUGAGGAGCAAAAACGCUUGAAACUCGAGAAGGAAAGAAGUAAAAUUCAAGAAUACAAAGGCCUAAUUGAGCAAUUUCAAAGAGCGAGACAACAAAAAGACUAUUCUUCUGAAAAGCUCAAUUUGACCACCGAACUUUUGGAUUGGAAUCCUGAAACAUAUAGCGUGUGGAAUUACCGAAGAGAAAUAUACCUAUGUACCGUCUUUCCAAAUGUAUCUGUCAAUGAGAAGCAAGAUUUGUUGGACAAAGAGCUACAGUAUGUCCUAUCAAAAAUGAAGGUGUUCCCUAAAGUUUACUGGAUAUUCAACCAUAGACGUUGGUGUCUUGAAAAUGCUCCGUAUCCCAAUUGGAAUUACGAAAUGAUGAUAACUGAAAAGCUUUUAAGCGCUGAUGCUCGAAAUUUUCAUGGAUGGCAUUAUAGACGAUACGUUGUAUCUCAAAUAGAAAAAGCAGGAAAUUAUGAUUUGGCGGAAAAAGAGUUACAGUAUACUUCAAGCGCGAUUGCUACUAAUUUCAGUAAUUUCUCAGCAUGGCAUAACCGUACAAAAUUGCUCGAGUUUAUUAUCAAGAAAGAAACUGACUUUGAGUCUCGAAAGCAACUAGCACAGAAAAUCCUGCAAGAAGAAUUGGAUACGAUCCAUCAAGCUGCCUUUACAGAUCCAGAUGAUUCCAGCAUAUGGAUCUAUCAUCGUUGGCUCAUGGGUCAUUGCAAUCAAGUUGGUGAACCUCCCAUCCUGUCUGUUUUAUCAAAAGAAGAGCGUACCCAUUACCUCAGACAAGAAAUCCAGCUUCUUGAGGAAUUACAUGAACUUGAACCUGAAAACAAAUGGUGUUGCGAACUUCUUAUUGAGUACGGACUCUUACUUCGAACAUUAUUGAAUCACCAACCUACGAAAGAAGAAGAAGCUACAUGGAUCUCCUUGACAAAUACCCUUCAGCAAGUAGACCCCCAGCGACGGGGACGAUAUCAAAAUCUUCGAAAGAAAAUCGAAACCGUUAUUGAUGCUUGAGUUUGAAGACUAGACUGUAUUAAGAUGAUAGGAUAAGAAUAGCAUAACUAU